AUGAGUAAAAUAUAUAAAGGAAUAAUUUCUGUCGCUGACAAAUUCGUACCCAAUAAAUUCCGACCACUAUGGGAGCAUCCAGCUGGCCCUAAAACUAUAUUCUUCUGGGCUCCCGCAUUCAAAUGGGGAUUGGUGAUGGCUGGGUUGGGUGACUUGACACGCCCUGUCGAGAGUUUAUCAAUACCUCAGUCCGCGUCCCUUGCAGCAACCGGACUUGUAUGGUCCCGAUAUUCCCUCGUCAUUAUUCCUAAAAAUCAUAGCCUCUUUGCUGUCAACGUAUUCGUAGCUAUCAGUAGUUUCUACCAGCUGGGUCGAGCUUACAAAUACCAACUAAGCCUGAAAAAGAAAGAAAGUCAGCAAUAG